UCCGUGUCCAAUUCCUUAUCCUCUGAAAAUUUUAUAUGCUCUCACUAUAUAUGAGUAUCUUCAAGCCGACUCUCUAGUCUAAGCUAUAGCAUCUUCCCUUCCCAAAAACUUCAGAAGUUCAAUUUCAUACCAGAUUUGGAAGCGAAGUGAACCCAUUAAUCUAUAUUUAAUUUAGCUAGCUGAUUCCCUUCUUCAAUGGACUCACACCCAUUUUACAGCAGCCAAGAAUCAUCUUCACCGUCCCAUGCCAGCAGUACUACUGCAGCUCAUUCUAACUCGGAUGAAGAAGUACCGUUGCUAGCGAGCAGUCGUCCCAAGAAGCGCGCUGGGAGAAGAAUAUUCAAGGAGACUCGCCACCCAGUUUUCAGAGGUGUGAGGAAAAGAAAUGGUAAUAAGUGGGUGUGUGAGCUGCGAGAACCCAACAAGAAAUCACGUAUAUGGCUUGGUACCUUCCCUACACCAGAAAUGGCAGCCAGGGCACACGAUGUAGCGGCAUUGGCACUCAGAGGAAAGUCCGCUUGUCUUAACUUUGCUGACUCUGCUUGGAGGGCGUUGCCUGUGCCCGCUUCUCUAGAUGCUAGGGAGAUUAGGAGGGCUGCCAAGGAGGCUGCAGAGUUGUUUCCGACUCAAGAAUUUGAAGACGGUGAUCAGAUUACAGUACAAGGUAGUAACAUCGUGGAGGAUUCGAGUGAAGAUUGUAGUAAUGAGUGCAAAACUUUUCAAGAAAAUGCCUUGUUUAUUGAUGAAGAGGAGGUAUUUGACACGCCAAGGUUACUCGUGGAAAUGGCACAGGGUCUUCUACUCUGUCCACCUCAUUUUGAUGCGGAUGCUACUGAGCCGAAUCGCUGGGAAACCGACGUUGACAUGUCUUUGUGGAGUUACUAAUUAUUUUUAUUAAUAGUUAGUAAUAGUUUUCUUUAACCCAAAAUCAUGGAGUAAACAAUUCAUAUAAUCAAUCCCAAAUUUUUAAAAUAAAGGCUUAAUUUAGUUGAAUUGAGUUGAGUUAGUAAUAGUAUUUUGUUUUUACUAUUUUAUUUACAGGAACUGUAAAUGUCAUCAUAGAGGAAGACUCUAAAAUAGAUCGAAAUAGAAAAAAGUUUUUUUUUUAUUUUUUAUUUUAGAAGAUAAUUUUCAUGUGUUUUUUGAGAGGGGGAGAAUAAACUCUGUGUAAACACAAUGAUUUCUCAUCAUAGAAUAUCAUUUGUUUAUAAAUACGAAAAAGCUUCCUUUUAGUUUGAUAA